AUGGCGUCCUGGUACUCAAGUCUCGUCCAAAAGACGUCCUCGCAAAUCUCCUCGCUCCGCCAGAACCUCCUCUCAGGCGAACAAGACGGCGACACCGAAGACGAUACUCACGUAUGCCGCGUCCUCCGUGGAUACUAUGUCGAAAAGGGUCGUCCCUUUCCAUCAUGGCUACCUCCGGACCCCAAGGCGCCAGCUCAACAAACCAUCCAGCCUGUCAUGACGCCACAGGCCGGUCAGCGCUUCGGCGCUCAAAGCCAACAGCAGCAUGCCGGACUCAGCAGUCUAUGGGACAAUGGUCCCCAGCAGCCCCAGCAACAAGCACCACAGAGUCUCCGUGCCGGAGGCGGACGAACACCCGCAGCGCUUCAGCCCGGCGGAGGCGAUGUCUCUAGAAGACCACUGCCGAGCCAGCAACGCGGAGGAAGCUACCAGAACACAGGCGGCCAGUUCGGUAGGCCCGAAACAGCCAGUGUGCCGCCUGGUGGUCCUGCGGGAGGAGGAUCCGCGCAGGAUAGACUGCGACAAAGACUCUGGGGAGGCGGAUCGAGAACGACGAGUCCGCAGGCCGGAAGUCAAGGACCAUUUCAACCUCCUGCUGGAGGUAACGGAGGCGGGGGCGGGGGCUAUGAGGACCGUUUUGCGCCAGGUGGAAUGUACGAUCAGGCAACUGGGCAUGGCGGUGGUGGAGGCAGCGGUGGCGGUAGUGCUGGUUUGAGGAGAGGAGGGUUACCCAGUGGCCCCCGAGGUUACAGAUAA